UACAGACGGUUACGUGGGGUGUAUACAAAUAUCCAACUCCCAACAGCAGAACAGGACAUUUCACCUUGCGGGCGAACGUAAGCACCACUGUCAAUAGUACUGCCGUGCUCUUCUACUACAACUUAGCAACCUUAGCUUCGACUGGAAAACUAGUAUGUACUCUGACUGGCUAGCUCUACUGUAGAACUCGAAUGUACUCUCACUGGCGAUAUGAAGGAUAGGAACUUGUGAACACCAUUAGGUAUUACUGUACAGUACACAAUUACUUGUCUGGACGUGAACGAGAUCAUACCGAAGACAUCACAUUGAGCCUCCUUGUGAACUGUUGUCACACAACACACUACAAUAGGCUUUGUUGUGAACAAAAAACAACUUUGGGAAACUAAAGCAUGGAAGAGAAUGGCCAAGUAGCCCUAGCGUUACAUUAAUUCAAAUCUUCAUUGAAUCGGGACAAAUAGCAAAGAAAGAAAGCAUCCACGCCAUCGGAUAUUAGCAGUUGGUCCGUAUUUGUAUCAUUAAGAAACUAAAUUGGUGAUGCUAAUGUUGGUUGGUGAAAGUUUAGUAAGAAUCAUUUUAUCAUGUAAAACAGUGUAAGGUGACUUUUGUAUGCAGGUUGAACUGUUUUGGUAAGGAACUAUUAACAGUUAAAAGCAAACACGGUAUCAAUAUAUAUGAUACAAGAAUACUUCUUAGUGUCAACUAAGUCAAAGUGCGAUUAUCGUUUGAUGAAGAUAGCAACAAGACUGUCAACCGCUGGAAUAACCUCUACACAUUUCUUGAAGGUGUUAAUGAACGAGUCGAUUGGGACAGGUGCUUGCUAGAGCAAUUUUUGGAUAUAUGCCCCCAUUGCAAAUUGAAAUUAUAUUUGAGUGACAUCGAUGUGCGGCUGCCAAUAUGGUGGAUACAGAACUUAUCAUCGUCAUGGCGAUUCUAGGGGUGUUCAGUAUUGUUGGCACCAUCGGAAACUUUCUGGUAUUAUACAUCUAUACAAAGAAGCGUGACAGAACCACAUCAAACAUAUUCAUCCUGACGCUUGCAGGAACAGAUUUCCUAACGUGCCUCGUUCUGGUACCAUUCAAUAUAGUGGUUAUUGGAUUAGACCACCGUCUAGAGAUUGACGUCUUCUGUAAACUGUACAUGUUUCUUCUGACCUGUAAUGUGCCGUUUUCUGCCUUUGUCAUGGUCGCUAUAGCCUUUGACAGAUAUUUUUGCAUCUGUCAUCCUUUUUUGCACGCCAUCAACAUUCCUCGUGCAAAAGCCAUUGUGCUUGUAAUGGCGGCACUCGCGUGCGUAUUCGGCAUUUUGACGUCAUUGAUGUAUUCUAUUCAUCCGGGUCCGCUGUCCGAUUCUACAACUGGAUCUAACAUCACGUGCUUGGACACAGUGCCAUCUAGCGACCAGCCUUACAACACAUCAUUCACAGGUUCCGAACUAUGUGACGAUGUUGGUAUAAUGAACAACGGUACGGCCGAGGCUGAGGAGGAUUUAUCAGGUGUUUGUGUCCCAUACAACAAUGUCUUUGGAGAAAACUUCAUAUGGGUAUAUCAGAAAAUAUACGCAGGAUUUUACUUACUAUCAUUUUUGAUUGUGUUUGUAUUAUAUGGACUCAUUUAUCGAGCAAUUCACCUUCGGCGUGCUCUGAAGGCGAAACGGAAACGGUCAAGUCUGUUUCCGGCGGCAGCUGAAAUUUCAAUGGCAGAAACACAAAUGACGGCGCUAAACGGAAACAACAUUGAAAAUAAUGGUGAGUCUUCAGAAAAAUGUGCGAAGAAAAAACACCCUGGACAGAUCAAAGAUAAAAACUUCUAUGCAAAUAUUCGAACGGCGGCCAUGCUAUUUAUAGUAACUGUUGUGUUUCUGCUGGCUUUCCUUCCAGCCUGGUUGAUGGCCCAUGGCUGGAUACCUUACAGUCCAAUCAUUUUCUAUAUGUACUUUCUGUACAAUGUCGCGAACCCGGUUAUCUAUGCCUUCAUGAACAUGUCAUUUCGAACGGAUCUUAGAUCGCUCUUGUGUUCUAGGAGAUAGGAUGUGUGGCUUCUCGUAAUUGUGAUGAAUGGUUGUAUUGAGAAAUAUUUUUUAAAUAUUAAAAUUUGAUUUGUAAAUAAAUUACUGAUGCAGAC